AUGAGCAACGCUAUGAGCCAGAAUACUUUUGACAGGGUUGUCCAAUUGGCUGAAGAUGACCCUGUGCAUCCCUAUAACAUAGGUUUAGCUAGAAAGUGGCUGGUUGUUACUAUUGUAUCGCUCUGUUCACUUUGCGUGGCAUGCACAUCUUCGAUAUACACAACAACAUACGACCAACUCUUCAAUAAGUUUCACUGUUCCCGCGAGGUUGCGACUCUGGGCCUAUCACUGUUCGUAUUUGGCAUGGGCUUCGGUCCAUUGAUUUCAGGUCCUUUAUCCGAGCUUUACGGGCGUAGGAUCAUUUUUCUCACUUCAUUCACAUGCUUUCUUAUAUGGCUCGUACCUUGUGCUUUGGCGAGAAACAUCCAAACACUACUCAUCGCUCGGUUCUUCAAUGGGUUUGCAGGCAGCGCCUUCCUCAGUGUUGCAGGAGGCACAGUAGGUGACUUAUUUCCUCGGCAUCAGCUGGCUGCUCCAAUGAUGGUGUCUACCGCAAGUCCCUUUGUUGGACCUGAGCUUGGGCCUCUUGUAGGUGGGUUUGUAAACCAGUAUGCAAAUUGGCGAUGGACCUUUUACACCCUACUGUCCUGGGCUGCAGCAAUGCUGGUCUUUAUUUACGUAUUUGUGCCCGAAACCCAUCAUCCAGCCAUCCUGACACAAAAGGCACAAGAGAUCAGAAAGCAGACCGGAAACCCGUGGCCGCUUGGACCAAGCGAGAGUGCUAACCUCGCUCCGAGCCAGUUGAUCCUCCGUUCCGUCGUCAGACCGGUCAUGCUCCUGACUUUAGAACCUAUGUGCCUAAGCCUCUGCAUAUAUUCUUCACUCUUGCUGGGCAUACUUUAUCUGUUCUUUGGCGCAUUCCAGAUUGUCUUUCAAUCCGUAUAUGGAUUUGAGUUAUGGCAGCGUGGGAUCACCUUUAUCAGUCUUCUUGUUGGGAUGAUCCUGGCCGUUCUUUCAGAUCCAUUUUGGCGCUCGAACUACCAACGGCUGGAAAGAGAUCAUCAUGCCCAAAAUGGCGAAGGCUCAGGAUUCUACCCGGAAUGGAGGCUUCCUCCAGCUAUAGCGGGAGCACCCUUGGUAACAAUGGGGCUUUUCAUUUUCUUGUGGACAACCUACAAAAGUAUUCACUGCAUCGUCCCGAUGAUCGGAAGUGCACUUUUCGGAGCUGGCACAAUUCUGGUCUAUUCGGGGAUCUUUACGUUUCUCAUCGACGCUUACCCAAGCUACGCUGCCAGCGCCUUAGCGGCGAACAGCUUUACUCGAUCGACAUUCGCAGGAGCCUUCCCACUGUUCGGGACCCAGAUGUAUGAACGCUUAGGGCUACACUGGGCCUCGUGUUUGCUCGCGUUCCUUACUUUGGUGAUGUUGCCGUUCCCGUAUAUAUUCUACAACUACGGGCCACAACUUCGCAAAAGAAGCCGAUUUACCUCGUAG